AUGGACCCGCCGAGCGUCUCUCCGGAGGACCCCUGGGGGGGCAAGGUGGACCCAUCCUUUAGUGACAACGGGCUGGAUCCUGCUCUCUUCGUGGAAAGCAGGAGGAAAGGGAGCGUUGUGUCUCGGGCUAACAGCAUUGGCUCCACCAGUGCCUCUUCUGUACCAAAUACAGAUGAUGAAGACUCAGACUACCAGCAGGAAACCUAUAAAGAAAUAUACAAGGACCGUCGCCGUCGUGCUCACACCCAGGCAGAGCAGAAGAGGCGGGAUGCCAUAAAGAAAGGCUAUGACGACUUGCAAGCAAUUGUGCCCACGUGCCAGCAGCAGGAUUUCUCAAUAGGCUCUCAGAAGCUAAGCAAGGCAAUUGUGCUACAGAAGACUAUUGACUAUAUUCAGUUCUUGCACAAGGAAAAGAAGAAGCAGGAAGAAGAGGUCUCCACUCUCCGGAAAGAUGUGAUGGCCUUGAAAAUCAUGAAAGUAAACUAUGAGCAGAUUGUCAAAGCUCAUCAGGACAACCCUAACGAAGGGAAGAACCAGGUCCCUGACCAGGUGAAAUUCAACGUUUUCCAGGGCAUCAUGGACUCCCUCUUUCAGUCCUUCAAUGCCUCUAUCUCUGUGACAAGCUUUCAGGAACUCUCAGCCUGUGUCUUCAGCUGGAUUGAGGAGCACUGCAAGCCACAGACCCUACGGGAUAUAGUCAUCAGUGUCCUGCAACAACUGAAGAGCCAGCUCUACUAACCACCACCUGCUCUCAGGUAUCCUAGGAGGUAGAUAGCUGUAUGAGGACAAGGUGCCUGAUGCUGCUUCCUCUUCAAGUUUUUCUUAGGACUACUGACUGCAUUUACCUCUGAAAUACUUUUCACUCUGCGGCCCUUUCAAGUGAGCUGCAAAGAUCCACUGAAUAU